CUAUCGUGGAUUAUUGACUGACUGGAGAUGCGGAGCAAGAGAGCUAUUGCUAUUGCUAUUGCUGAUGAUGAUGAAACUGUGCACGAGAGAGGAGUGUGGGGAUGCCUUCAUUCAUUUGGACGGGCCUACUGCCGGUCGGUCGCUGCCAGGCCCUGGGAUUGGCUGGCCAUCUGCCUUCUGACGUGUGUCGUGCUCACGGGGGUUGCACUGCUCGCGGAGACCAUCCUCAAGGGAACAGACGCCGAUUGGUCCUCAGGUACACUUACGGAUCAUUCCUAGUCGCUCUGGUGUGUGUUGCUGUCAUUGCUUGACUGAUUGCUUAGGUGGGUUGUGGCGUGAUCUACGUGCAUCAAUUCUCCGUCCCGACGAGCAAGACAUCGACUGGCUGAUCCCCGAUGGGCCUCAGGCUCAGAAGUGGGACAUCAAGAAACUCGCGCUAGAGGUACGUACCUACAUACGUCAAUGAAUGCCCACACGACCGACCAACCGACCGACCGACCGACCGACACUGACCGCCUGGCCUGUUCUGCCUGCAUCAUCGUUCAGGGCACUGAUCCACUGCCAGGAUACGAAGACGAAGAGAGGUACCGGGUCAAUCCAGUGCAGACAGUCGGACUCAUCUACUACGCCGACCGGCCGGAGGAUCUCUUCACCCCCAGCUCCCUCCAGGCCAUGUGCCAAGUCGAGCGACUGGUCGUGCAAAACCCCUUCUACACAUCUGUGUGCCUCCUCUCGGGCGACGGCGACAAGUGUGCCCGGUCUGAGGGAUCGAUCGUCAACCUCUUCUAUGGCUAUGCCCACGACUUUUCGUGCCAGCUGCUGACGGCCAGCCGAGUGGGUGAUGUCAAGAACACCCUCAUGUCGGAGGUCACCUACCGGUUGCGGCCUGACGCGCGAUUCUUCCUGGCGCAGGGAGAGGGGCCUGGCGAGGGCGAGAUGACGUCGACGAGGUCGCUGAUUCCUCUGGGCACACCGCUGAAGGGAUACAGGAACGAAUUCGAUCGGCAGUACACUCAGGUAGGCAGGCACGCAGCCACACAGAAGACACAAACGAGAUGGCUUUUCUUUGUCUGCUUUGGUUAGGACAAGGAAUACCUUCCCUUCUGGCGGUCGCUGGAGCGUGACAUCCUCUCCCACCUGCACAUCUCGCCAGUGCUCGACCGGUCACCCUACAGGCACACCGACGACAGGGGCUGGCUGCUGCAGGUCCCCGGCAAUAACACCACAACCAGCACAUCCAUCCGUGUGGCCUUGUGGGCGCGGCCGUUGUGGUUUGACGAGCGGGCGGAUAUCUUCUACACGGACCAGUUUUGGGCUGCCGCGGCCAUCGUUCUCGUUUUUGUCUUUUUUGCCCUCUACACAAAGUCGCCAAUGUACUCCUUCGCCGGUACGCGUGUUCCCUUGAGCACAUCAACAGAGGCGCCACCGUCAUUGAUUCGCUCGUCUCUUGUUCUCAGGAUGUCUUCAGAUCUUUUUUUCGUUUUCGCUGGCGUACCUCCUCUUUCGAUUCGUCGGUACGUAUAUCAGACAGCAACAAAUAUGAGAUGAGCAGGCAUGACCGAAAAAGCUCAUCGAUGGUGGGUCCGUGUGUGCGUUCUUGCAGCGGGCUUGAACUACUUUGGGAGCAUGCAGAAAGGCGCGUUGUUCGUGUUGUGCGGGAUGGGUGCCGACAACGUGCUCGUCAUGUGGGACGCAUGGGCCAUCAAACAGCUGCAGUACGACGACCAGCACGCAACCAGAAGCACGUAAGACACCGCGGCAAAGGAGCCCACCGCACAUCCCAUGCUUGCUCAUCUCUUUCUCGGUCUGUGAUUUCAGGCAGCUGCACCACGCGUUUUGCCACACGGCGGCCGCCACGCUCAUCACCAACCUGACCACAGCGGCGGCAUUCUUUGCCCUCUGCAACUCCCCACUCAUGCCCAUCCAAGCUUUCGGCCUCUACGCCGGCAUCUGCACCGUCACCAACUACCUCCUGACGCUCUCCCUGCUGCCGCCAGUGCUGGUCAUCAUCAAAAGGCGGCGAGAGAAGAGGAGCGGGGUUGGCGACGGGGUAGGCUCACGACCACGGUCCCUGUCUUCUAUCGGUCCGGCCAGCUCUGUGUCGGUGUGUGUGGCCGACAAUGCCGGCACUGACGAGGGCCUCGCAUCGCAUCAUGAAGCCGAUCUGAUGAGCGACGAGGGAGUGCAAAAGCGGCAUGAGCAUGAGCACCAGCUCGACGGUUCCUCCCCCCACCCCCACUCCCCCACCCCAUCAACGCGCAUUUCCUUCCCAUUCGGCCUGUCCCGGCCACCCACCCCCUACGCGCACGCCGCGAGCGCGACACCAUCUUUCUUCCCGCCAGAACACCAAUCCCGCUCGCCAUCCACAUCGACGGCCUCGCUGCCGAGCUCCCCUUCCCCCUUUGCGUAUGGAAUGAGUGACGAUGACCACGAGCAGGCCAAGGGCAGCCAGAGAGAGCCGGAAGAGAAGAUGACUUGGCCGCGGCGGGUGUUGGAGGCUGUGUAUGUGCGUCCGUUGCUGUGGCGGUGGGGCGGGGUGACCUUUGUGCCAUGGGUGCUGGUGGGGGUUUUGCUUUUCGUUGCGGGGUGGCACUGCUGGUGGGCGCUGCGGCUGCGGCCGACCGAUGACACUUGGAGCCAGCAGAGCUUCUCAAAAGACCACAUGUUCUACGGUGAGGGAGUGUUAAUGAGAUACACACCAUUUGAUACCCAAGACCGCUUCACACACGCUCUUUCUUCUACAUCAGAUGUGGCGGACCGCUUUGCGCGUCAGUUCCAGGGGCCGCCCAGCCUCGGCUCAUACGUCGACCUCACGCUCUUUUUCGGCAUCGACGGCAUCGACAGACCACCGCCAUUCACACGCUGGAAGCCCACUGAAUACAGAGGGGAGGUGCGGUACGACGAUGCAUUCAGCCUGGACGACCCCGCCACGCGGCAGUUCCUGGCAGACUUGUGUCAGGAGGUGGAGAACAAGACGUGUGACCUGCCCAUCUGCGAGUGAGUCAGAUACGAAGGGAGAGAGGGACACACCAGACGGCACACCAGCCACACCAGCAUGGGUCCUUGUUCUCCAUCCAUCAGGGCAUCAGAAAAUGGCGUUCAGCGCCUGGCGCAGCCGGGGUCGGUCAUUUGCUUUAUCCGCGACUUCAACACAUGGCAAGAGAGUGCCCGCAGCAACGCAACAGACGCCGAAGGUAUGUCGCUUACCGAUCGUUUGCGGCGCUUCCAGUCGGACGUGACAGUUGCGAGCGGCCCUCUGGCGGGCACCCCCAAGCACGCCCUGACGAUCGGCAUCGUGGAGGGCGAGCUCAAAUGGGUCGCCAUCCGAUUCACAUCGACCAUACGCAUAUUCAACAGGUCUGUCAGACACGACAGCCGCCCUUCCCAUCCAACACACACAGUAAUACAUAUCGGCGAAUGGCUGGUUUGUGCAGGUUUGCGCCCAAGAUAGCGUUGGUGGAGUGGCUAGACGACUGGCUGGGUGACAUCCGUGCCCGCGCGCCUCCCCCACUGCGAUCUGCGUUUUACGAGGGCGAUCGCGAGUUUGCCGAGACGGAGGUGCUGGAGGGCAUGGUGAGCGGGCUGUUCGGGGGUUUUCAAGUCAUUUUCCCCGCCGUAUUCAUCGUCCUGCUUGUAGCGACUGGGUGAGGAACGGAGCGGAGAGCACACAGGCAGGGAGGGAGAGAGGGACAAAUGGAUGGAUCGGUCUACGUGUGCGUGUGGGGUUGCAGGAAUGCCAUUCUUUCGGUGUACGCCAUCAUGUCAAUCGGGGCGAUCGUAGUGACCGUCAUGGGAUUCAUCAGAGGUAACAAUCAGUGCACAACGCACCACAAGCCAGACGCGCAUUCGAGUGUGUACGUGUGUGCGUGUGUGUGUGUGUGUGUGUACUUUCCUGUGUUUUGUCUGUCCUUCCAUCAGCCGUGUUGGGUUGGCAGCUGGGCUUUUAUGAGUGCAUUGUUGGCGUCAUGACCAUAGGCUUCUCAGUCGACUACGUCAUCCACCUCGGACACGUCUAUCAGACAGCCACCAAGUGAGCUCAUCCAGGCAUGGCAUGGGUUGUUGAUCGAUCGACGCGUGUUGUCGCUUGUGCAUUGUGGAUCAGGUAUGGCUAUGUGAGUCGCGUGGACAAGGCUGUGUGUGCCGUUCGCCACAUGGCAUUCACAGUGCUGGCGGGGGCCCUCACAACCGCUGCUGCAGGUCUCGCCAUGCAAGUGUGUCAGAGCAACGGCUUCGCUCGGUUUGGACAGCUGCUGGCGCUCGCCGUGGCGUUCAGCAUCGUGUACUCACUCGGACUCUUCAUCCCGGUACAUGCACACCCACGCACAGCACAAUGCACACAAGACGAUCAACUUUGGCCUGUCUGUGUGUGCAGCUGUGCAUGGUGCUGGGACCUGAAGGUCACCAGGGCUCUCUCCGGCACCUAUUCAGGAUCGUGAGCAAAUGCUGCUGUGGCUCGAGCAGCAAGAACAACAAGGCCACCCAGCCAGCGAGAGAAGAAGCCCCUCCUCUCACCGACAUCGGCCACGGGCACAACCACAGCAACGGUCACGACGAGUCAACCUCAUCCGAGCAAUGCUCGUCCGGCGACGAUCGGCUGCAGCAGACGUCCAAGUCGGGAUACACAUCGUCCACCACUCUCACAACCGUCGACCGGGAGGCGUCCUCCCUCAGCUGUGCCACCAACCACCUCUCCUCUUCCCGUGUCUCUCAUCCACCACGCCAGACGGAGAGCGGCAGCGAUGACAACAGCGGCGGGUCGGUCUCUCCGUCGUCAGCCAAGAUCGGUGAGGAGGGCCAGCCAUGGCUGGGAGGGGCGUUCGCGGCGUCGGCGUGCGGGAGCGAUAGAGGUGGUGGCCGGACGCCCAGCCACGCGGCCUCACUUGCCACCAGCGGGAUGGAUAGGCAAGGGGUGAUGAUGGUACCUUCCUGUGCUCGUGAAAACGGCUGACGACCACUGGAUCUUUUCUGUACAUUUCGUGUUGUGCAAAGUGACGUUUGUUGUUGAUGUUCUUACACCGAUGUUAUAUAGCACUGAUGACUGACUUGUGUAUGCGGGACGGGGAUGGGUAUCUAACGAUCGUACGUGUCAUGUGCGUGCGCAUGUACAUGGUCUGGUGUGUUGUCUUGUCUUGUGUUGUGUCUGUUGGUCUGACAGGCAGGCAGUCUCGGAUCUGGUGUUUUGAUCGUGCGUAAUCACGAAUGCAUUUGCGGCUGGCUUUGAGGCAGUAUGUAGUUGUGGAUAUCGGUAGCAUGUCGCGCGGGG